UUCUCCAAUCUCUCAAUUUAUACUAAAACUGAAGAAACUACGAAAGAUUUUAAAUUGAAUUUGCCUCCGAGCGUUAUGUUUCAAAAUACUAGUAUUCCUACAAUAAAUGAGGACAAUAUAAAGAAUUGUAGUGAUAAUGAGAUUAUAAUAAAUGAAGAGAUUAAAGAGCUGGAGCAUCAAAGAGGAAUUUCCCCUAAUAAAGAGAAACCAGGAACUUCCCAGUCAGCAGAUUCUGCUAUGAGAAGCCCUGAUUCUAAGAGUGGAAGAUCUUCUCAAAUGAGUGUUAAAAAAACGCGAGUAGUACGUUCUGUCUCGAAUAAACAAGAGAUAAAAGGGAAUGACGAAACUGAUAAAAGUGAAAAUGAUAAACCUAGCAAAAACAACGAAAAUAACGUCAAAAAUUCUUUCGAAAGUGAAAAUAAAAAACGCCGUUCCUUAGGUCAAGUACAUCAGCCACCACGUGGAAAAGACAAGUCAAAAAAUGGGGACUCAAAUAAAAAGAGUGAUUUGGCUUAUAGGUCUUUACUUAAAAAACGUGAUGAUAUUCCCGAUGAAAAUAUAAAAUCAAGAAUGCGUUAUCUUCGGGAACAGAGAGACAAAUUAUUACAGAAAAAAAGUAUGGAAAGGCAAAAACAACUUUUGGCAACCAAUGACAAUUCUAGACCUAAAACAGCAAAAGCGGCUCGGGGAUUAAUGGCACAAAACGAGUCAAGUGAAUUAGAAGAAAGGAGGAGAAUUGCUGCUAAAAUUAAAGCGGAAGUAAUUGAUAAACAUCAAUCUCAACCAAUUGGGCAAACUUGA